UAUUCUUACUUACGUGAAUCGUUUAUAAAUAUUCAUAAGAACAUUUUCAUCUCUUUAUUGUUCAUCUUUUAAUAUAAAAUAACCAGAAUAUUCAAAAAAUAAAAUGAGUAACCUUGCACAUUGAUCAAAGUAGUUUUUUAAAACAGAUUAUUACACUGAGAAAGUAAGAUGAUGUUUCAAGCAAAUAAAAAAAAUCUUUACAAACGGCUUGUCAAGCUUUAAAAAUCAAUCAAAAUACAAAUGUAACCAGGAAGUCAUUAUAACGCAUUUCAAUUCUAUGAGAAAUAAACAAGUAAGAUAAGAAUUAUUUACAAUUUCAGAAUAUCCUAUUAAAUAACAAAAAUACUGUAUAGUGAACAGUCAAAUACUCUCAACUAAGACAAUUUUUUUUAAAAACAAUCAAUACGUAUUAUUUAUAAUCCGUUUCCUAUUGUAAGUAUCUUGUUUUAUAAAUGCUCAAGCACAGUUUCAUAGGAUUUUGUAAGUAUUCAAAAUAACGUAUUAACUCAAACAUUAAAAGACAGUACGUGCAAAUGACAGACGUGUUACAAAGCACACCGCAUCAAAAAACAACAGUCAUGAUAAUACAUCACUGGCGUAAUUUGCAUGCAAGGUCUCACAAAAUAGACAAAUCAGGAGAAGUUUUAGACAUUUAAAAUACAGAACAGAACACUGUGACAUUCAUAAUGCGUGUAGAUUUUAGUUAAACACUGUAAACAUCUUCAUUAUAGUUUCAGGUAAACCAACAUUUAAAAAUGUAAAGUCAUCGUUUAUGAAUGGUGAUGUAACAUUUAUCUGGACUGUAUCAACAAAUGAAACAUCACCACUAUUUCGUAUUAAAUAUAAUUACUAUUGGAUUGACUUAAACAAUACAAGAUACACUGUAAAAGAUGUCUACUUGUAUACAUCUAUCACUAUCGAUGUGACAGAGCGUGUUUCCAAUGAAUACGCCAGGUGGACCUAUACAGUUGGCAAAGUCCAAACGCAACAUGGUAGUACAGUUACAAUGGAAUGGCCAAAUUUAAUCAAAGCGUCUGGAUUUCACAUUUAUCACACACUAGGGGAAACACGAGCUAUCAUCCAAAUAGAAAAAAGUAAAGUUAAAUAUGAAGAAACGGAAAAUAAAUCAAAGUAUGCCGUCAACAAAGAUCCAAAUACUUCCACAUGUAUUAAUGUUGAAAUCAAGAACAUAACGCUUGACGAUGCUGGAUUCUACUCUGUUGAAAAAACAGACGACGAGUCCUCGUUGGAUAGAGGUUUUUUUCUUGUUGUAACAGCGAAGCCUGUAAGCCCAAAAAUAAAGAGAAACAUACGAGUUCAUGUAAAAAACUACGUGGAGCUGAUGUGUUCCAGUCAAUCCACCUCAGCCCCUGACUACUACUCCAAGCUCGUCACAUUGUCCUAUACCUGGUUUGUCAACGGAACAAAGAUGGGUAGAGAAACCAGAGAGAUCUUGAGUUUAUAUGUAACUAGAGAUCUCAAGUACAACAGAUACUCUUGUUCGGCGACAGAAGAAGGUCUUGAGUCGGAUAGGAGUGUUCAAGUACAGAUUAACCAUUUAUGUAAAUAUUUUAAUGUCUUUUUAGAAUCAGUCAAUGAAGCACAUAAAUGA